CAAAACUCAUACUCCCUCAGUGAAUCAUAAUAGAAGAAGCCUUUCACGCAUUCGAGCUCUUCAGAAGAGUUAAUUUAAAAUAUAUCUCGGUAUACCAGUUAUUUGUAUUAUUUAACGGAUUUACUUUUGACAACAGCCGGUCAGAAUGGCAGCAGACUGGAUUGGCUGUCUUGUUUCAAUCCACUGUGGACCAACUUUGGGAGUGUAUCAAGGAGAAGUAUCUUCAGUUGAUCAGACCAGCCAGACCAUCUCUCUCAGACAUCCCUUCCACAAUGGAGUCAAGUGCACUGUGCCUGAGGUCACCUUCAGUGCUAUGGACAUUAAAGAUCUCAAAAUCCUGGAGAUCCGUAAGAGCUUCACUGAAGUCCCGAAGCAGAAUGGUCCAGACAUCAACUUCACAUUGACUCCGCAUGGUGGACGCAAGGAUAAGGGUGGUGGGGCUCCGGUCAAUAGCACUCCUGUGAUGGUACCUAAUAAAACUGAACCCAAAACGCAGGAAGGAGGGGUGUCUCCGGUGCCACACUACUCAAAAAGUUACGGUGAACGUCAUAUGGACAUGGCUGUCCAAAGUAAAGGCUUUAGACGAAGACACAACUCUUGGUCGUCUAGUUGCAGAGGUCCAAAUCAGGCCACACCCAAAAAGAAUGGGUUGAAGAACGGAGGUCAUAUGAAGAACAAAGACGAUGAAUGUUUUGGAGACGGGAUGGACGAUGUUCCCGAUGAAGACUUUGAUUUUGAGGGGAACCUGGCACUGUUCGACAAGGCUGCAGUGUUCUCGCAGAUCGAGUCGUCAGAACGCAGAGGCAAUGGCGCGAGAUCUCGAGGAACGCCUGGAGAGCAAACGCCAUCACGAUACCGGCAUGACGAGAACAUCCUAGAGGCCAAACCCGUUGUCUACAGACAGAUCAUGGUUCCACAGAAUGGAACAAAAGAAUAUAGCACUGACUCAGGGCUGGUGGUACCCAGCAUCUCUUUCGAGUUGCACAAACGUUUAUUAGCUGCGGCAGAAAGUCAUGGUCUCUCUCUGGAGCGCAGGCUUGAGAUGACGGGCGUAUGUGCAAGUCAGAUGGCCCUUACGCUACUUGGAGGCCCAAACAGACUUACCCCAAAGAAUGUACAUCAGCGGCCCACAGUGGCCCUACUGUGUGGACCACAUGUCCAGGGCGCUCAGGGCAUCAGCUGUGGCCGUCACUUGGCCAACCAUGAAGUGGAAGUCAUCCUUUUCCUGCCAAACUUCGUCAAGAUGUUGGAGGCCAUCACCAGUGAACUUGCACUGUUUGGGAAGACGGGAGGCAAACUGGUUUCUAAUGUGAAAGACUUGCCCGAGACGCCAGUCGACCUGGUCAUAAACUGCCUGGAUUCGCAUGAAAACGGAUUCUUGAGGGAGCAGCCCUGGUACAAGGCCGCCGCCGACUGGGCCAAUCAGAACCGAGCCCCGGUACUGAGCAUCGACCCUCCAGUAAGUGGACAGGCACAUGCCGUGGAAGCAAAAUGGUCACUUUCCCUGGGCCUCCCGCUCCCUCUAUCCGAGGGCGCCGGCCGAGUCUACCUGUGUGACAUCGGCAUUCCCCGACAGGUGUUCCAGGAAGUGGGGAUCAAAUACCACUCCCCCUUCGGAUGUAAAUUUGUCAUCCCGCUGCACUCCGAAUAAGCCGUUGACUUUCACAGUCAAGGCUCACUGAACCUGCCUUAAAGAUUUUAAGAAUGAACGGACCUCGGUUUGAAUGUUGCAGCAGAACUGGAACUUCUCAGUCUGUAUUUUUCUCAAGUUCUUCUAUACUUCUGUGAUGGUUCCCAUCAAAGGGAAGUGACGGAAAUGAUACCAGCUCUUGUGACAAACCUGAUAUGUUAAAAGCAGAACCAACAUCAGUAUUCUCGCCAUCUGAUGCAUUCUAACAGUCUUACAAACAUAUCUUUCAAACAGCCAUUUUAAUACACAAGGCUGAUUAUUUUUUUUUUUUUUGGGAUGAGACAACUUUCAUAACCCAUUAAAUGUGCAGUUAUGCCACAAAAACAGCAACUGGCUUACACUUAAUGCAACUUAAUUGGUCUUAUGGCAUUUUUGAAUCUUAUUUUAUCUCAAAUCAAUUUUAGUUCAUAAUUGCAUAUGCUGACUUUAAUUUUUCCGAUAGAAAAUGUGCAUUAGAUGAGGGUCUCGCCCCCCCUUUUUUUUCCCUUUUUGUGCCAGAUUGAUCAAAGUCAGUGUUAAGGCACUGAGAUUAUGGCGGUUUAUUGCAUGCAAAAUUUCUUACAAAGCGUUAUUUGUUUUGUUGACCAAGCCCAGUGUGCUGUAAAUAUGACAGAUUGACUGGGAUCUUAUCAGUGAUAAAUUGUUGCACACUUGAAUGGUAAGAUAAGUGUACUAAAAAAACUAUUUUGUGAUAUUGGUUGCCAUUGGACCAAUGCUGACCAUUUUAAGCAGUCGUUGGCCAAUACUACUAGUUUUCUUACGCUAAAAUUCAUUGCUGUGCUUUACCUCAUUUCCAUUAGUUUCAGUUCUCAGUGCUCAAAAAUAAGCAGCUUAUGAAAUCCUGUUUUAAAUGGGUUUCAUAUCGAGUCAGCAUGGCUUGUUUGGUUAGAUCAAACAAGGAUCUUUUAUUAAGAAAGAUGCUCCAUGUGUUGCAAUAAACCUGCUAGCUGAAAUCGAUUCGUGAUUUUAUUGCAGGUUGUAUUAUUAUGCGCACAAACCCAUUACAAAGCAAAAAGUCAGUGUGUGCUGCACACUCAGUUCUUUUGGGUAAUGAAUGAGUUUUUCAAAAGCACUGAUAAGGACAGUUGAAAUAUUUGUUUGAAUCUGCGGAUUACCGUAUACCUUCACAGUUACAAUGAGAGGCACUUAUGACUCGCAAAUCCUCUAUAAAAGAUCCAUAUGCAACAAUAAUGAACUUAAAAUUGUUACAAAACUGACACCAGGAAAUAAUGUACAGCUUUCAUCAGACUAAUUUACUUUUUUACUAAAUGUUUUUUUCAUUUAAGCUUUAUUGUGAUGUCUUCUGAAUUUGACUAGCAAAUAUUUUGUCUCAAAUUUAAUUUAGAAGAUUUUUUUUCCUAGCGUUUUAUCUGUUUUCUGUUCAUAAGCCACAUUCUUGAUUUAAGCGCUUUUUUUUCCUUUGCUUUUCUCAGUCAUGGGGAAAUUCUAAAAUGUGAAUUCUUGGAUUUUUUUUCUUUUCACUGUCGAUGUUUGUGUCUGUGAGGUCAUUGGUGAAGCCUCUGGAGAGCCAUUUGUCUCCUUGAAAUUAGCUUUUUGAGCUUAAAAACAAAGAUUGAAUGAGAGGCAGUUAUUAAAAGCAUUAAUAAGUUGAUGCUAAUGAGAUUGCACUGUCACAGAAUAGCAAAGGUCCAUCUUAUAGUGCAUAAAUACAGAUAAGAGAACAUGUAUGUCAAAUCCAAGCUUAAAAAUGGUGCCAAAAUCAUUUGCUGGUUUUUGCAACUUGUUACUUAAGAUUAAAAAUAUAACUGCUGUAUUUUUUUUUUUUUCAUUUGGUUUCCAAAAAACAAAACAAAAAUUGGUUCUAAUUGAUAGUAGCUACAGAGCCCAGUCAUAAUAUUCAGUUGAAUAUUGUUUGAUACUUGAGCACUACAUGUGCUUACAUGUAUGGUAAAAUGCAGUUUGAUAUAAAUCAUUCCUCUGUAGGAGUUUGCUUCUAAAAUCUGACCAAACUCUUUUUGAGCAACUUAAAAAUUGUGAAAACGUUUUGUUGUUAUCUGGCGACGUUCAUUUGUGUGGCUCCCCCACAGUGAUGUCAGCAAACAUGCCUCUGAAGGUUUGAGGGGGUUUUGUUCAGUAAAAGUUGAAAGCUACUUUUUGGUUUCUUUCCACAGGUUUCCAUUCGUAUGCCUUUUGCUUCACAAAAGCAUGAGAUAAAGGUUGUUAGCAUUGCGUCAUUUUAUCAUUUAUCUCUACACCUGUUGUAUAAGGCAAAACACGAUUCAAUACUGGUUUAGACAACAACAACGUUACCAUUAAUUGUGAAAUAGUGACAUCUGUUCGGCAUAGUUCUGAUAUCACUGGAAACCUUACAUGCUUAACAUUGUCAGCUGUGAAGUGUAAGGAUGGAAUAAAUAAAGAGAAUGGAAAUAUAACUUUA